AUGGAAGAAGAGUCAAAGCUCAGUAUCGGAGGUCUGUUAGCAAUUGUCUCUAAAGUGACUGAAAAGGAAGCAGUUGAAAAUGGUGAUUCGGAUGAUGAAGAGGGGUUCAUAAUGAAUUCGGAUGAUGAGGCAAUAGCUUUUUGUUCGAAUAACAGAGUCAAAAAGAUCUUCAAGAAACCGUUCAAUCCAAAAGUAAGGCAGAGUGAAGUAAAAGGAAGGUUUGUGAACAAGGCUGUUGGAGAAGAGAAGAAGAAGAAGAUUGAAAAGAAAGAUGGGAAAGUUGAUGAGGAUAAGAGUGAGAGGAAGCUAAAAGGAGAUUCAGGUGUAGAUUGCCAUUACUACAACGGAGAAAAUCAUCAAGAAAAUGAUUGCAUGCUUCGUAAGAAAGAUAAGAGAAAGAAUAAAGUGAAUGAUGAGGCGUACCACACAGAGAGGCUGGAGGAAGUGAGAGUUAAGGCGAAGCGUAUGUCUUUGGUGGCUAGAGGUGAAUACGAGGAAGAUGGCAUGUAUCAAAUCUAG